UUUGAUAAAAGAGAGAGGCCUUUCACGUGUCCGUACAUAACCAACGAGCCAGCCAUGUCAUCGUUCGACGACUCAUUCACUCAACCCGGCGGCGACUCGGUACCCACGGCCGCGUCGACUCGUCCGUUCGACGACGACGGCUACAUAGGCUACGACCCGCGCCUUCCCUCCCAGCGAUUCGACUCGUUCACUGCCACUCACUUCGCCGACUCCGACUCAGUCAAGGACUCGGCCACCGACUCGCCGAUCUUCCAUGAUAACAAUAACAACAACAACAAUUACUCUUUCUCUGCUGGAGAUGACGAGUUCGUGUCGCAGCCAGAGCCGGAGAUCUACGCCGGAGCGAACGGCGAGGGCUUCGAUGGAGGGUUUAGUGGAUCGGACGGUCCGGUUUUGCCUCCUCCGGCCCAGAUGGAGCCUGAAGAGGGCUUCGCUCUCAGAGAAUGGAGGAGACAGAAUGCGAUCCAGCUGGCAGAGAAGGAGAAGAUUGAGAAGGAGUUGUUGAACCAGAUAAUCGAUGAAGCAGAUGAAUACAAAGUUGAUUUCUACAGGAGGAGGAAGAUCACCUGUGAGAACAACAUAGCCACUAACAGGGAGAAGGAAAAGGUUUGUCGCUAUUUGCAAUAUCCUACUUAGUUACUUUCUUGAUUA